ACGCUGGAGCUCCGCCUCCUUAUUCCGGCAGUGGAUUAUUCUCAACCAAUAUCGACGUACCCACUUCUGGUGUUACAGGUCACCUAUUUCAAAUGUGGAGGAGUCUCACUAGGUGUUGGAAUGCAACACCACGUAGCAGAUGGAUUUUCUGGUCUUCAUUUUAUCAAUACAUGGUCCGAUAUGGCCCGUGGUCUAGACAUUACCAUCUCGCCUUUCAUCGACCGGACUCUCCUCCGUGCGCGUGAUCCACCCAAGCCACAGUUCAAGCACAUCGAGUACCAGCCUGCUCCGGCCAUGAAAACCCCUUCUCAAAAUAACUCUAAAUCUGAGCCGGAUACAGCUAUUUCCAUAUUCAAACUAACUCGUGCCCAACUCAAUGCCCUAAAAUCCAAGUCGAAGGAUGAGGAAAACACGAUUCCCUAUAGCUCGUAUGCAAUGUUGGCAGGGCACGUAUGGCGUUGUGCGUGUAAUGCACGAGGACUUCCCGUGGAUCAGGAGACGAAGCUCUACAUUGCAACCGAUGGGCGUUCUAGGCUCCAACCUCUACUCCCUGAUGGCUAUUUUGGGAAUGUGAUAUUCACAGCCACACCGCUUGCAGUAGCUGGUGAUCUCCAAUCAAAGCCCGUAUGGUAUGCAGCCAGUAAAAUUAACGAUGCUUUAGCCCGAAUGGACAAUGAUUACUUGAGAUCUGCUCUCGAUUACCUGGAAUUGCAACCGGAUCUUAAGGCACUUGUUCGAGGUGCGCAUACUUUUAGGUGUCCAAAUCUUGGAAUAACAAGUUGGGUUCGGCUGCCAAUCCACGAUGCAGACUUCGGCUGGGGUAGGCCGAUCUUUAUGGGACCCGGUGGGAUCGCCUACGAAGGUUUGAGUUUUGUAUUGCCAAGUCCAGAAAAUGACGGGAGCUUAUCUGUUGCGAUUUCACUUCAAACAGAACAUAUGAAAGUGUUUGAGAAGCUGUUGUAUGACAUUUGAUCAACUGAAAAACUACGAGUAUUUUGGGUUAAUUUGGUAGUGUUUGUGUCUUUAGGGAUGGCCUUCUGCCAUGGCAACAUUGUUUAUAUAAGCCAAAUGCUACUUGCAUAUGUAAGUAAGGGAACUGGUAUUUACAUCCACAAUUGUUAUAUAUUCAUCUCACUCUAUGUUUA